AUGUCCAUUCUAUCUGGCCCUCUCUUUGCCGGACUGGAGGAGGGCUCCCUCCUCCGGAUGCUCCUGACAAACGGCUUCAACUGGUUCCUCCUUGCCCUGCUGGUCAUUUUCCUGCGGAUCCUCUUCACCCCUCUGCCCAAGAGGCCGGCUGUCCGCCACCCGCGCGUCAUCUGCCUCCGUGGCUACACCCUGGAGGAGCUCCGCACCAUGCGCGGCGAGCUGCUCGACUCUCCCAGCGACAAGCCCGCCGCCGUGGAGUCGGCCGACCCGUCCUCCCCCCCGAAGCGCCGUAUCCUGGCCCUGGCCGUGGAUGGCACCGUCUUCGAUGUGUCUGAGGAAUCCGACUAUUCGAUUUUUGCCGGCCGCGACGCGUCCCGCGGGAUGGCCAAGUAUUCCUUCGAGCCCUCGAUGGUGUCCGAGGAAUACGACCCUCUCGAGGACCUCACCAAGGCCGAGGUGGAUUCGAUGACCGAGUGGCAUGGCUUCUUCCUGAGCAAGUACACCCGCAUUGGCUGGCUCGAGGUGGCCAAGACCCCGGGCGGGCCCCUCGAGCGCGUCGGCUACGAGGCGCGCCUCCUGGCCAAGCAGCAGAGCAAGAGUGCCCAGUCAUCUCCCUCCAUGAAGGAGUAG